AUGAUCGAAGAAAAUUUUCAACCAGACCCGCGGAAUGAUGAUAUUGUUUGUCAUGUUACUAUUAUCAUCGAUUACAAUAUUCAAGGAGAAGAUUACGUCAAUGUCACUUAUGGUGAACUCGUAAGUGAUAUUUGUGAUUACAUGGAAUUUGGGACAACAUUCACCUUAAAAGACGAUCAACAAUCGAUAGUGAGCUAUAUCGACUAUAUAUGUUCAUCACAUCAUUUCUGUGAAUAUACAUUUGUCAAUCAAUGGGCUAAACAAUUACUUGGCACUGAUUAUAAUCCUUUACAUACUAGCAUUACUCAUCUACUGUCAGAUUCUUCUGAAUCUUCAAAAUGUUAUUGGAAUAGUGCAACAUCUGAUUGUGCAAGUUAUAUGUGUUUUGCACUCUAUGAUGAAUUGAAAGAUAUUCCUUUGAGCAAUGAUAGUUGUCUCGAAAAUCAUUCAUCAGGUUCAAUUUAUAUCUAUGUGAAAACAAAACUGAUUGAAUCUUCACAAAGUUCACCAAUUGAAUUCGAGUACAAGUGUACACAUAGUUUGUCUUGCUCACAUCAAACUUUUACAAGUAUACCGAUUAAUCUUCGUUCAACAAAUUUCUCAUCUACUCUAAUUGAAUUGGAUCAAAAGAUUAAAUCAUUCUUGAACAAUAUUAAUCGUUGUGACAUUUAUAUGGAAGCCGACUAUCGUCAACAUGAUGGUCAUGUAACCAUUAAUUAUGAUGAACCUAAGAGUAACAUACAUCAAUCCAUGAGUUUUGACAUGAUAAUUUCAGUAGAAAAUUCAAUACCAUCCAUUUGGAGUCGAAUGUAUUAUACAUGUUUACCACCUCACUCAUGUGAUCGAAAAUUAGUUCACAAAUGGAUUCGAUGGCUAAUUGAUAUCAAUAAGCAAACUUUACAACUCGAAUCAAGACUUUCAUUAGAAAGUACUAUUCAAUCACACAAAUGUGAUAUUUGGAGUCAUACCAUUGAUGAUUCAGUUGAUGUAUGUUUCGCUUACAUGUAUAAAAGAAUUGAAAGCAUGCCUCUUGACAAUACCAAUACUAUUGAUAUUCCAUCAAAGAAUACAAAUAACGAAGACAGAAAAAUGGAAACAUACUUGCCACCUUUUGCAUGCUCGCGUUUUCAUGGCAAGAAAAAUGAUGUAUAUAAAUAUGUUCUUGAUCAAAUUCUGAAACAAUGCAUUCCUAAACAUUCACUCAAGAGUACUCAAGUUAUAUCGACCUCAAUCAGUGAGCAUCCAUGGAUCGAUCAAAAUGAUCAAUCUAUUAAUGUCAAGUCAUUAUUACUACAUUCUAAAAUGAAAUCGAAUCGAAUAGAGCAAUCGACAAUUAAAAUGAGCUCAUCAUCAUCAUCAAUAACAACCACUGUAGAAACAUCUACUGACCCAAUAUCUUCUUGA